AUUUAGGAGCUGCCUUUGGUACUGCUAAGAGUGGUGUAGGUGUAUGUAGUGUCGGAGUAAUGAGACCAGAUUUAAUUAUGAAAUCCAUUUUACCUGUGGUUAUGGCUGGUGUUCUUGGUAUUUAUGGAAUUAUUAUGUCCAUUUUGAUAUAUGGAAAAA